AUGUUCGCUCAACGAGUGGACACGUUUAGGCAGACGUACAGAGCAUACUCUUUUGAAAAGAGUGGAUGUGGCAAAACCAAUUUGAAUGACUCUGGAAAGGUGCUAUUACCACCGUCGACUUUACAAGUGAUGGCUGGAAUGAGUCUUGUGUAUCCCCUCCUCUUUUGGGUACAGAAAUACCGAGAUAAUACAAAUGUCACGCAUUGCGGAGUCCUUGAAUUUACAGCAAAGGAAGCGGAGUGUUAUAUGCCUCCUUGGAUGAUGCAAAGAUUGAAAAUAGGGGAGGGCGACUAUGUUGAAUUGAGAACAGUUGCUUUACCCAAAGCGUCAUUCAUUCGAUUCAAACCGAAGUCGAUUGAGUUUUUCAAAAUACCGAACUACAAAGUAGUGAUGGAAAGGGAGUUACGGAAUUACUCGGCGAUGACAGUGGGCGAUGUGAUAUCGAUUGGAUUUAAUAGUAAAGAGUAUGAAUUGGAGGUGGCCGAGUGUAAGCCCGCAACACGAGCAGUAAGUAUAGUCGAGACGGAUGUUGCCGUUGAUUUUGAUGGGAACAGUUUACCCGAGAAUCAACAAGCAAAAGCGCCUUCACUGAUUGAUUUGGACGAUGACGAAGAAGAUGACGACAUUAUCAUGCCGCCACAAAGAGUCGAAAAACAAGAGUCAUCUGAUUCAGAAGAGACUUUCAAGCCAUUUAGUGGUGUUGGGAGAACACUAAGAGACUCAAACGACACCGUGAGAGAUAAGUGGAAAGAUGAAGGUUGGGGCUAA